AUGGCGAAGACGCGGGUGGCGCCCCCUGAUACGGGGCUCAGCACGGUCAGAAUGUUUAUGAUCUGGAGCCUGAUGGGAAGUCUUUGCCUGCCUGUCACGGGGAAUGGUCUUUACUGGGCACAUAUUCUUGAUCCACCCGUCUUCAAACCUAUAACCUGGUGGGAUCCAACACCACCUAUCGGGAAUAACGACACUGAAUGGAUAGGUGGGGUAUGGAUGCCCCCGGCGAUAGACGGAGGGCCUAAUAAUACUGAGUCUUCGUCUUGUACAAAAUGGCUAAAGGGCUACACGUCUAUUAGAGAGUUUGUUAUUUUGGGAUUAAAGGACGAUCCUGUCUUCUGGAUCUUCCUCUUCACAUUGGUUCCCGUGGUUUAUGUUGUCACGGUAAUUGGUAAUCUCAGCAUUAUCAUGUUAAUCAGGGUCACGUCCCAACUUCACACCCCAGUGUACCAUUUUCUGAGACAUUUGGCUUUCAUCGAUUUUUGUUAUUCAUCAACUGUCACACCAAAGAUGCUGAAGAUCUUCUUAGUGGAGAGAGACACAAUAUCCUUUGCUGGCUGUGUUAUCCAGCUCUGUUCUGUCUUUGUCUUUGGGACCUCAGAGGACAUCUUACUGGCUAUGAUGGCAUAUGAGCAUUUUGUGGCCAUCUGCCAUCCCCUGCUCUAUACCGUCUCUAUGUCCAAUAAAGUCUGUGUCCAGCUCAUAGCUACCUCCUAUGUCGGGGGUUGUUUAAAUAGUGUGCUAUUUACCAUUUGUGUGUUUAGUUUAACCUUCUAUAGAUCCAAUGAAAUCAAUCAUUAUUUCUGUGAUUUCCCUCCCUUAGUGGAACUUGCCUGCUCUGAUGUUUACCUGGUUCAAAUCAUUUCUUCCGUCUCUGCUGCCAUCAUAAUAUUUAGCAACGUCCCCACCAUAAUCAUCUCUUAUGUAUACAUCCUCUGUGCCAUCAUGAGGAUCCAGGCAAGUGACGGGAGACAUAAAGCUUUCUCUACUUGCACCUCCCACCUGACGGACAUUAUUCUAUUCUAUGGAACCGUCCCGUUCACAUACAUGCAGACCAGCUCCAGCCACUACUUGGAGCAGAAUAAAGUUAUGUCUCUGUUCUACACAGUGGUGAUCCCCCUGAUGAACUGCCUAAGCGAUACUCUGAGGAACAAGGAUGUGAAAGGGGCAGCGAUAAAGAUAAUGCACAAGUAUGAAUAA